AUGGAGUCCGCCCCCCACAGUUACCCACCAAGCCACGCCACGCCUAGUGACGGUGACGGCGACACUGAGCAGCUACCACCUCCUGCUACCUUGGCUGCCCAGAAAGAGCCUCUUACCGCCGAGAAUGCACGAAAAGCAUGCACUUCAUCCCGAACUCAGGCCGCAUACCGAAGUUAUUUACGCGGAAUCGCAACAUGGAUUCGGGAAUCUCAAUCAGACCCCGAACGCUUUUUCGAUGACGCCGGCAAUAUUGACAUAAAUGUAUUUUCUCCAAAGCAUUUCGAGGCAUUUUUGGUUGCCAAGAUGAAUGCAAGUGGCCGUGUCCUCAAAGUGACUACGCUAGGCGGCUAUCGGAGUGCGGUGAAGGACAUUUACAGGCAGAAACGGGUGGCUCUUCCGGUAGAGUAUGCAGACGAUAUGAAGACGCUGUAUCAGGGAUUUAAGAGAGUUGAGGCUACAAGAAACCAAGCCGGUGCUGGCGAGGCUAAGAUGGCCGGUAAAAUGGCGCUGCCAUACUCUACAUACACACAGGCCUGCAAGGAGACGCUGGUGCUUUCGGAUGGAGGUUUUUCGCAUUUAUAUCUUACGCUUCAGUGGAACCUAAUGUGUAGGUCACAAUCUGUGGAAACUAUUAACUCCGGCCAUCUGAGUAACGAGGACGACAGCAUUGGAAUUGUAUUUCACAAGAGCAAAGCCAAUCAGGACGGCACGGGACCUAAAGAUCCUCGCCACGUGUACGCAAACCCACUGGCCCCUAGAACGUGCUGCAUAACUGCGUUAGGAAUUUACUGGUCUUGUCAUCCACGCCAAGGACCAGGUCCGAUUUUUCCUGGGGCGCUACAGCGCAAUCGCUUUCGAAAAACGUUUGGUCGAGCAUUGGACAAGCAAGACAGUGAACAUGACUACGGUACACAUUCUAUUAGAAAGGGUGUGGCUACAUACGCCUGCAAUGGAAGCACCGGUGGACCGUCGAUUGUAAGUGUGUGCCUGAGGUGUGGGUGGUCUUUGGGAGGCGUGCAAGACCGUUAUUUUCGCUAUGAGGCCGCAGGUGAUCAAUUUCUAGGCAGGGUGGUGGCGGGGCUUCCUGUGAACAGCGCUCAAUUUGCAAGUCUACCGCCGCAUUUCAAGGACAACAACUGUCCCAUUGUUCGUGAGGGCGUGAUAAGUAUGUUCCCGGCUUUUGCAGAAGACACGAGGUUACAGCCAAUUCUGAAGCUGUGCUUGGCCUCUCUAGCCUACCACUAUGAUUUUUUGUCGACUGAACUCCCAACAACACAUUCUCUUCGAGCAUCAAGUCUAUUUCGACGUUGUAAUCUGCAUCAGUCUUUAUCUGACCAACUUGUUCAGCUUGAAUCGCCCUGGAUGACGGCGACUGGAAUUCCACCCCAAGUUGUGAUGUUUGGGUUACAAAAGGAAAUACAAGCGACUGUAUGUGCUCUACCUGAGUCUCUGGCUAGGCGGUUCGCAAAGCUACUCGAAGAAAAAGGGAUCUGUGGGAAUGGCAUCAAUCAACAGCAGAUGGAGGACACAAUGCAUAGGGUGUUAGAUGAACGCGUUCCUCAGUACUCGCGUGCAAUUCAUCGUGAAGAUGCUCCCCCAAGAGCAACCCUUCACUUCUGGCCCAGCGACGGCAAACUUCACGCGCUUCCCGAAAGCUUUGAUUUUCCGAGCACUGAUGUUGUCCACGCUUGGCACUUGUGGUGGUUCGGAAGCGAGGCUGCAGGCCAACCUCCCUACAAGUCUCUGUGUACGCAUGACCUGUCAACACGAAAGAAACGGCAAACGUACUCAGAGUGGCGCGUGAUGAUGGAGCACAUUUCGUCAGCAAUCGAGAGAAAGACUGGCGCAUUACCUCCGCCCACAAUGUCCGAGCAGCAGUCUGCAGUUCUGUGCGUCACUGGUGUAAACAGCCUUCCACUUGGCCCCUCCAAGCCAUCACGGAGAGUCACCCAGUUGAAGGUCACGACGCUACUUCGCCUUGUGCGCCAGGUAGAACACAAUAACAACCCAAAUGCCCGUAGAUUAGACUACAGACCCAGGAAAAAGAGGAAAGAAAACUAA